GGCGGGGCAGGGGCGCGCGGGACCGCGGCGGCGAUGCGCCGGAGCCGCUGAGAGCGGAGGGGCCUCGGCCGGCGUCCGGAGCGGCGUUCGCGAUGGAGGCCGAAGGCUUGGACUGGCUUCUGGUCCCGCUGCACCGGCUGGCCGCCUGGGGGGCCGCGGGGGCCAUGGUCUUCGGAGGGGUGGUGCCGUACAUCCCGCAGUACCGCGACAUCCGGAGGACGCAGAACGCCGAGGGCUUCUCCGUCUACGUGUGCCUGGUGCUGCUGGUGGCCAACAUCUUGCGGAUCCUCUUCUGGUUCGGAAGGCACUUCGAGUCCCCGCUGCUGUGGCAGAGCGUGGUCAUGAUCUCGACCAUGCUGCUGAUGCUGAAGCUCUGCACGGAGGUCCGCGUGGCCAACGAGCUGAACGUCAGGCGCCGCUCCUUCACAGCCGCAGAUAGUAAGGACAAGAAACCAAAGCCCCCCAGGCGGUCCUAUCUGGACUUCGACCCUCACCACUUCUGGCACUGGAGCAGCUUCUCGGACUACGUGCAGUGUGUCCUGGCCUUCACAGGUGUGGCGGGCUACAUUACGUACCUGUCCAUCGACUCGGCCCUGUUCGUGGAGACCCUGGGCUUCCUGGCUGUGUUUACUGAGGCCAUGCUGGGCGUGCCACAGCUCUACCGCAACCACUGCCACCGGUCCACGGAGGGCAUGAGCAUAAAGAUGGUGCUCAUGUGGACCAGCGGCGACGCCUUCAAGACGGCCUACUUCCUGCUGAAUGGCGCGCCCCUGCAGUUCUCCGUGUGCGGCCUGCUGCAGGUGCUGGUGGACCUGGCCAUCCUGGCGCAGGCCUACGCCUUCGCCUGCCACCCCCAGAAGCCAGCGCCCCACGCCGCGCACCCUGCCAGCGCCAAGGCCCUCUGAGGCAGCCGGGCGGGACAAAGUGGCCGCCAGCCACAGACACUGCCCACCUGUCCUCCCGGCACGGGGAGGGCAUCAGGUUCUCGAGGAGCCUCUGCAUGGGCUGGGCGGGCUGCGAGAGGCAGGGCCGGGCGGCGUUUGUGCUCCCCGCCGCAGGACGGCCCGGGCAGGCGUGACUCCCAGGGCUGGGUUUCAGGUGUUCUCAAGGUGACGUCAGAGUGAGCAUCUGUUCCCGCUUCUGCUCACAAACACCUGCCCUGAACCCGAGUUGUGUUUGCAGACACGCAAGCGGGCACGGCGGCCCUGCCCCCGUCUCGGCCCAGCCUCCCGCAUCCGCCUCAGCCCCCAGGACGGCCUCCCCCAGGACGGGGCGGGGCGAGCAGACCAGGACCUUGUGCAGGAAACAUGAAGGGGGCAGGUGUCUGAGACCCCGCAAGUCCCGUGAGCAGAGCCUGGGGACCCUCACCAAUGCCCCGGUUGGAGGGGCGUCCUCCGCUGCCCGGCGUGGGCGGCACAGGGCAGGGCCGGGUCCUCUCCACCCCUGGGGAAGGGGCCAGGAGGACGCAGGUGCCUGUGCUCCUAAGCACCCACCUGGCAUGCGCCCCAGGCCCGCAGGGCCGGACACCUGGCUGCUGCUCUGCCUCUUCCUGGAGCCGCUGGCGUGUGCACCCCGGGCCCGCUCUGAGCCUGGCUGGGGUUGCCCGGCGAGCUCAGGUGUGAGGGUCAGGGCCUCUGAUGCCCCUCGGGUCCUUGGGGGUGUCCCUUAGACAGACGUGGAGGCCCUCGUGGGGUGUGGGAGGCUGAGGGGGUUGACACCCCGGAGGGCUCCCCUGGGGAGAGUCCCUUGGUUCAGGGCGUUGCACACACUGGCUGGACUCAGCUUUAAUGUCCGUCUUCCGGACAGAGACGGCCUCGGGUCAGGAGGGGGUGCCAGGCCGGUGCCCCCACGGGUGGGCCCUGCUGCUGCCGUCCUGGGCGGGACCUCCUGGGCAGGGGCGGCCUGGCCUGGGGCCCCGCCACAGCCUCAGUCCACAGUCCCCGGGCCCAGCGGCCGGCGGAGUUCUGGGUCUGCAGUGUCCACAGCCGUGGCCUGACCUCAGCACCCACGUCCGCCCACCCUGGUUUUCCGUCUGACACGUGGCCGUGCCACGCUCAGCCCUGUGCUGGCUCCAGCCAGCCCGGGGCUCUGGAUGCCUCCGCGUGGCUC